CUCCUCCUGCAGGAACUCACUCUUCAAACAGCUCGGGGCUAUCUCGCGUCGAGCCGAGACGGAAGGAGGUUUCCGUCGCGGAGUACAAGCUUCAGUGUAGCAAUUCCGCGGUUAUGAGGAGAGCAACCUCUGCAGAUGGCUCAAGAGCGGUGAGGCGCUCCGCUUGUGAGAAUAUGCACACAGCGUUGGCGUUGCCUGCUGAUAGCGGCGGGGGUAGCUCACAGAGCAACAAAAGGGGGGCCCAUCAGUCGCAGCAGGCCCACUCGUCACCCAAAGUUAAAGCCUUGUCGUCUACUUCGGUGAAGGUUCUUCAGGAGUUCAACGGGCAGAACACGAACGCCAGUUUGCGGCGUAGUGCUUCAUCGCAGCAGACAAAGUCUGUGGGCUCUGCGAAGGGUAACCAAUCUGCACGCUCUCCUCGACCGAAGAAGUCCGCAUGUGUCUCCAUUUCAGCAACAGCGACCUCGUCUCAUUAUGGCUCUCCUCCUGUCGCAGCUCGGACAUCUGCAGGCAAUGCUUAUCCAUCGGGCAUGAAUGGGUGUCGGUCAUCCCCACGCGCCCACUCUCCGUCGCAUAAGUCUGUCAACUCCCCACAGAAAUGCUCGCCUUUGCAGCGGUCUGCUCAGUUGAAGACAAGACCAGCCACCGUCACACUGAGCGAGUCCAGCAAUCACAAGGCAGAGUCCGCAGAUUGCAGAGAUGGAGAAGAAACGGGAAGCAGCACGCUUCAGAGUGCAGCUCAUUGGCUUGCGCAGAUAAGUGCAGCAGAGAAUGAGGAGCGACAUGAGGUUGUCGUUCGGCUUUUUGAGCUAGCUAUUGAAUGUGGUGCACAGCCAGCGGAAAAGAUUUUUGAUGCGCUGCAGGCAUGCCGGGAGCGCUACAGUCAGAAGAGGGAGGCAAAGGCUUCUAACCUUCGCUUGUCUAGGAAGACGGGGAAAACAAAUGGCGUUGAAUCUAGAAGAGUCAGGGGUGGCAACGAGAGGCUGUCUGCCUCACGACAAUCAGAGGGUACAUCAUCUGCUGCAGUGGCGGAAAUUGUGGGGCCAGACAGGAAAUGUUCAGGACGUGAGACAGCUAGCUCCUUGAUGCAGGCGCAGGGAGGACAUGAUGAUGCGUCAGAUAUGGAUGCUCGGUAUAGGAAGAAGCAACAACAAGACAGGCUUCUUGGCUGUGCCUCAUCCUGCGAUUCUAUUGGCAAUUCAAUGAGGAUUCAUGAUCGUGACACCGGGCGCAACGGUGGUCCCGCUGCUCUGGGAGCCGAAGUGGCAACAGGUAAGGGUGCAUAUGGUGAGAGAGAUGCGAGGAUUGGGAGAAAAGCAGGUGGCAAGUCUGUCAGAGAGAAUGAUAGAGAUGAUUCUGUCAGAGUGAGUCUGACUGAACUUCGUCAAUCCAUUCAUAGUGUCUUUGGAACCAGCAAGAAAGAAGGCAACCAGAGGAAGGAGGACAAAGAAGAUACCGAAAUCGGUCCUGAGGAGGAGAUGUGUCGGCGUGAAUCAUCGUUAUCUUCAUCGCGGUCAUCAUCAUCUUCGUCAUCUUCGUCAGACCAGGAAACCAGCAGCGAAGGGACUGAAUGUGGGAUGACAAGGCAGAGUCGUGAAUGCAGGAACACGGGACAAGACGAAGACAACACAUCACAUUCUGCUGACAGCAUGAGUGGCGUAAGCAGCGACAACAGCAGCAGCAAUGCGAAUGAUGCUGCGCCUUCCCCGUCUAUUAGGUCUGUCGAUCUACGGUCUGGGACUGAUGACGAAAGCUCUUUAGCAGACAUUCGUGCAGCCAUGAAGAGCGGUCCAGGGUUGAUUGUCGUUGUGGAUGAAAAGCGUAACGGUAAAUUAAGCAUAACAGCGAAAGAGUUUCCAGCCAGGCAAGGCAGUGCAGCUGUCACUAUUUCUGCAGGAAAGCCAAGUUUAAAGGCUGAUAUCAGUACCCAUGUCAGCUGCACACGCGGUGCAACCAGAACUAAUGUUGGCCUCAGUGCCAAAGUGGCCGCAUCUCGUGAUUCACAGUCUAAGAAGGGUGAAAAUGGAGAUGUUAAGGGGGCAAUGGCUCCUGUCCGGCUAGUUUCACUUAGAUCGGAAUUGUCUGAGGACCACCCACCUCCCUCGUCGGACCUUCAGGCAGAGAAGCGGAGUCGUCAGGAGGAGGGGGCAAUUGAGGCUGGUGACAAGAUAAUGCCUGAUGCCGCCAAGAAGAAUGAAGAGGAAAGCUCACUAGGGCAGUCCUCCAUGUCACGGUCUGUGAUAAGCUUAUCAAGACAGACUCGACGACUUCCGGAGUUGCCCUCGGAGCAGAUUGACAGCUCAGUAGCCAGGCAGCAUCAGUCUGUUGUUAACAGUCACGGGGAGGGCGACGUUGAGCCGAAGGCAGAAGCGUCUGCUGCUGCUGCUGAGGCUAAGACUGCAGUGAGGGAGGAGCUUGCUAGGGAUGCCAAACUUGCUGCAUCUAUUGAAGCUACAACUGCUACUGCUGCAACGGAUGCCGCAGCUGCCACUGCCACUAGUCCUUCUAUUGCCGCCACCGGUACUAUUGCAGGUGUUGAACAGUCCGAGGUGUCCUUGGCCUCCAAGCAAGGCAGUGCUGAGACGCCGGCUCUGCCUGGCCCUCCGGCGGGUGAUGUACUGCUUCCAAUGGCAGCACUACCAGCAGCACUGGUGUCAUCUGCUGCACCCACGUACUGCUCGAUGAAGGAAAAAAUGUCAUCUGGCCGCAGGUUAGGACAUGCCAGAAGCUUGAGCCUCAUUGGUGGAGUCUUGGAUCAAGUGUCUACAAUACGGUUCCCAUCCCCUGUGCAUGAAGCGGAGUCAGAUGAUUUGCAACCCCAACGUGCUGCUGCGUCCUUAUCAUCCUGUGACUCCGAUCGGGGCUCGGCAAGAGGAAGUCGUGGACUUGUAAACGGCAUCUCUGCCACUUUGCCAUCUAUUCUGCAUCACCGCCAUCAUCAUACUCGAAGUUGGAGCUCUGUGGGAGCGCAGAAGACAGCUUCCAGUGGGGUUGCCAGUGCUGGAUCUCCAUGGAUGCCUCGCGCCAUGUCCUCUGUCGGUCUUCUGAGGACUUCAAAUGGCGAGAACAUUGUGGCCAUCCCUCCAGAAGCCAUCGCCAUGAGGUCGCCGCCCCGGGGAAAGUGGGCUGCCCUGGGGGCCAACCUCUUGUCGUCGUCCAGGGAUUGGCAGACCGAUGCUUCCCGGCCUGAUUCUGGAACACAAGGUUCUGGUGGUAGCAAUUUUCAGGGUGCAGAAGUGCAGGAUGAGGAUGUCCUUCGAGUGAUGCAGGAUCCCCAGGGUGCUGCUCGGAGAGAAGCCGAUGGUGUCAGCCAUCAGAGGAUGGACGAUGUGGAAGACUUGUCCAGUGCGUUGGAGGGAAGCAAUGAUGCUGCUGUUCAUUGGGAAGAAUCCGCUGUGGCCGUGAACGAGACUAUCCGUCCUUCUCCAGAGCCCACAAACAGAAGUGUGGGUGGUUACAGUUCAAUGACGGAUAUUCUGAGGUCGGAGAAGCAACGCCAACGACAUUUCUGUGGUGGUAUGUCUUCCGCGACUGACAGCUCGAGGGCAAACACGGCACGCAACCAGAAGGGUACGUCUGUGUUGGACCGCGUUAGAGAUGUCGAUAGAAAGGAUGAUCGGGAAUUCGAUAGCUCUGCGUCGUUUUCUGAGGGAGCAGAGAGCAGGCAAGCUAUCGAAAAGAAGUAUAGCAUGCCAGUGGCUUCCAGUAUCAGCAUGAGGCGCAGGCAUGCACGAUCGCAGUCGAUGCUCGAGGAGUCUGCCGACAUACAAUAUAGCAGGAUUUUCCCGUCGAUGCAGAAGGCCAUCGCAGGUGACCAGUCUAACGGGGACCCUUGCUCCAACUCUUGGGUUAAUGAAGAAGAGGCUCCCACAGGACACAGAAGAUCACAAUCCACCCUCGAGGGGCCGACAGGAAUGCUGUCCAUAAAAAAACAUCUUCCGCCAAAGAAGGUAUACAGAGUAGAUGAUGUCACCAGCGGAACAUCCGACUCCUCUAUCCCUUGGGCGUAUCAAGAAAGAGAUGGUCCCACUGAGGACGCUGCCAGUUUCUCAUGUAAGAAAUCAUCCAGUGAUAUCCCCGUCACUCGUGCCUAUGAAAGUGCUGCUCCUCGGCGGGAUAACAAUGAUUUCCAACGAUGCACGUCAUCCUCAAGGUCAACAACAACUCAGUCGGGGGCUGUGUUUAGAUUGAAACCCUAUACUUCUAGUACAUCUUUUGACUCUGUUCGGGGAGCAUUGGAGGGUGAUAUUGGAGAUGAGGGAAACCUGGGUCAAUCAGGCAUUGAGGAAGAAGGGGAGGGCGAUUGUGAGGUCGGUAGAUCAGGUUGCUUGGUGGCAGAUGGUGAUGAACAGUACCAGCUUGCUGUGGCCAUAACAUCUUGUGGAUCGAAGUGCCCCUACUUCCCAAAAGGAGUAACAAUUGAUGAGGACGAAGAACUGCAAGAUAUGGAUAGCUCAGGGAGGACGUUGUUGCUGUCUCCUCCCCCAUCAUCUGCCGCAGCAAGGGCUGCACUCAACGCGGACAACAGUGGUGCGAAGAGUGUGCGCAGCAGUAGGGUGAGAAAUUUGCGGACAAACAUCUACGCGUUGCGUGGUAUGAGAACUCGGUCAGAAGAAGGAGCUGGUGUCGCAGCGACGGGGGUUGCUCCUCAGCCCAGAAGAUACAGAUUCGUUCAGGAGGAGAGGACCAGCGAGGUGAACGCAGAGCAGAGGGAGAGAGGUGAGGCGGGGAGAACUUCAGGGGGUGAAGAGGACGACACACGUUUAUCAUCCUCUGUGGUCGACAUGGGCUUUAGUGGUGACACUGGGGAAGGCAAGAGAGCGGGGCUCACCGACUCCGUCAUUGAAUGUUUCAAUAGACAAGCAACUUCGUCACAGCCACCAUCCCCAUCUAUCAGGUUCAGAGCAAUUUGUGAUGAGGUUGACGAGCCAUCAGAUUCAGUGCAGAAUGAUGACAUGGGCGAAGUCGUUCCGUUGGAGAUAGGUGGCGGUGCUGCGUCUGCUCCCAAGGAGCAGCUGACCUGUCCUCGCGAAGAGGCGAUAACGCCUCAGGACUCUUUUGAGGGGGAUUUCAGAGAUGCUGUUGACAGCCGAGUUGGUGCCGCCGCUGUGUCGGAGGAAAGUGUUGCAGAGGUUCCGGAGGCGCUGGGUGAAGGGGAUGAUAAAGAUGGCUCUCGAAUACAAGCUGCGUCGACCUCGAAACCAGGAGCUGUCUCCAAAGCCAGCUGCCUGUUUCGACCCCGAUGCGAAGGCAAAAAUCUCCCUCCUAGGGAGCAGAUAGAACAGGUGGGAGCAGAACGUUAUUGUUUACGGGGUAAUGGUGCAAGUCGAACGAUGCAGUCGCUAAAUCAGAAUGUGGGGGUAAACAGGAAGGGCCUCGUAGCAGCACAAGAUGUGAAGGUGUUUGAGCCGUCUGCCUGCUCGGUUAGGAGUGGUAGUGCAUCCUCACGUCUUGGUCGAGCAGAAUCGGGGAGCUCAUCUGGGAGCUCGUCGGUCACGUCCGAUGGUCACCAAAUGGCCGUGGAGCCAUCCAGGGACAGAAUGAGAUCAGGAGGUGGAAGGUCAUUUGACAGUUUGCAUGCUCUGACUCCUGUGCGCGAGGAGGAAGAGGAAGCAAUGGGGAUCGCGGAGAGAACGCCGAGCGAGGAGAUGAACAGAAAGAACCUGGAAUGGGCUGCUGCUCUGUCGCUUGCCCGAAGCCAUAGUCUGGGAUCUCAGCUGCGGCUUGGUGUGGGCACAUCAUCAUGUGGUAAUGGAGGAGGGAGAAGCGGGUGUGCCUUGGGAGGGGCACUGAAUCUCUUCCCCGCUGCAAUUGUUGAUGGGGGAGGAUGCGCCUCUCCACCAAUCCAGUUCUCCCAAGAGAUUGGUGGAUUGGUCCUGCCACGAUCAGCGCCCUUGGCGCAAGGCCAAAGAGAUGCCGAUGACGAGACUGGCAACCUUAGUGACGACAACAGUGGCAGGCGAGGCGGGAGGAAGGACAGAAGAAGGCGACGAGAGGGUAACGACUGCAGGAUUACGAGAAGCAGGCAAGGAGGGACCAGCAAACUUGCCCGCCUUUUCUGCUUUUUCUGAGACGGAAAGCGAAAGAAUGGUGGGCCAGGCAUAUGACGCUCCAAGUAGAGCAGGCUGUCGAGCAUCGUGGAGCUUGACGAUCAGAAUGGUUGCAGGUGAGCGGAACAGGGAUGAUGAACAGGUAAGGAUUGCUGGUAUGGUCGAGAGCGCUUGCUGAAGCAAGCUUUGCAGUAUUGAAUCGGAAGAAGGAGAACUCUAUCCUGUUCUUGCCUAUGACAUUCACUACCUAACUACCAUCCAUCUUCACCCGAAUAGAACGCCCGGUCAUUAUGGCUGUACAUGGUCCACCUGUCACUCCAAAUACAGUGAUAAUGACCAGGCAUUCUUUUUGGGCGAAUACAGUAGUGACUGUAGUGGUAAUUGGCAGCUGCAGGAUGACAUCUGUCUCAGCAAACUGGUGACGGCACGGGGCCGGGGGCGGACUUGGCGGAUGGAACGGUGAUUGAUUUGUUGCUGGGUGGCUCACUGAUUACGCUGGGUGGAUGAGCGAGGUAGCUGACUGAGUAGGGCUGUUGACGGGCACUCGAGGUGGUGGGGUAAAGUGUGCUGCCUCCCUUAGCAUAUGUAUCAAAGCGGAGGGUCCAUGUCAAAAAUCCACCCGGAGGAGGAAACUGCUGUAUGGUUUGUUGCGACAGUUUCAGUGAUAGGAAAUCACUUUAGUGUGUGUGUGUGUGUGUGUAUGUUUGAGAGAGAGAGAGAGAGAGAGAGAGAGAGAGAGAGAGAGAGAGAGAGAGAGAGAGAGAGAGAGAGAGAGAGAGAGAGAGAGAGAGAGGUGGUUUUCGUAAGGCAGGUUGCCGGGUGUGAAAAGAAGGCAAAGGCGAAGUCUUGAUUUGCAUGAAUGGGAGUUUCGUUAGGGGGAUUCACUUCAAUGAAGCUGCACCUUCUUA